AUGGCAUACAGCUCCCUAAGCUUGAAAAGCAAAGCUGCUGGCCCCAGUUCAACCCUCCGAAUUACUCCUUCCAACUCCCCUAAUCUGAAGCAAUCGCCGCGUACACCCAACAAAAUACCUUUCUACCAAUGCACUUUAUCUCUUCAGACUGUGAUCGGCACGACUACCACUACCCCCAGUGGGUUCUCAAGUCAUGAUCAGAGCAGCUCUUUUUCUUUCUGUGCUGGUUCGGCAGCUGUUUUAGCAGAGGUGGACGAGGGAGGAAACGUGAACCAACGCUUUUUUAAAGCACGACCCUCCGCUUCGAGCAUCAACCCAGUCACUUCGUUCUACAAUCAAUCCGCCCCUCCUACCACAUCAGAUACCCGGUCGAAGCCUCUGUCGAGUCUCAAAUCUACAACUCACACCAAUGUCUCCAAUUGCUCUCCGUCGAGCGAAUUGGCAGAGAUCAACAGCCCUCGCUCCUGGUCAUCGAGGGAAAGAGUGAAAACAGUCACUAGUGUUUCAAUAAGUCCGAAUGGGAGAUUGCUUGCGGUGGGAGAAGCAGGAUAUAACCCGCGAGUUUUGAUCUUCUCGACAGCGAAAGACGCCCACUCAGAUAUCCCUCUCUCGAUUCUCACUGAGCAUACCUUCGGCGUUCGCAGUCUUGCUUUUAGCUCCAACUCUUUAAACCUGGCGUCGCUUGGGGAUAUGAAUGAUGGUUUCCUAUUUGUGUGGUCUGUCAGUCCCAGAAACGGCUCUGCCAAACUUCAUUCCACCAAUAAAUGCACUGCUUCUGUUCGUGAUAUGUGUUGGAUGGGCCAGAAUUUGAUUACUGCAGGUGUUCGACAUGUAAAAGUCUGGAGACUCCCAGACGCAAGACCUGGAUCACCUUCCAAAUCACGCUUAAAUGUCGAAUCGACUCCUAACUCCCCGAACGUCACCCCGAAGGCGCUUUCGGGAAGAAAUUGCUUACUAGGGCCUUUGGCGGACAACACUUUUACAACCGUAGCGUGCAUAUCUGAUACUGAAGCUGUGCUAGGAACUGAUACGGGGGCACUAUGUUUUCUAGAUGAUAAUGGGGGGAACCAAAGAUUGUCGCUCAUUCGGUAUAUGGGUUUCCCAAUCACUUCCUUGGUAGUUGACCUGGACCGCUCCUGCAUAUGGAUUGGUGGUCAUGGGAUGCAAAUGCGAAAUCUCCCAAUGAAUAUGUUAAAAACCUCUUCUCUACCAUCUUCUCCGGGCCUCUCAGAGGUGUCGUCAGUGGCGGAAUACAAAAGCAAGGGGCCUGCAAUAAUAUGCAUGGGGUUUCUUACCUCGUCCCUAGUGGCACUUGAUGACACAAGAGAAAUCCACAUCUACCCCAUUGAAGCGCUUGGCAGCGACAAUAAGCAAGCUCACAUGGAAGUCACGCUUCCCGGACAUAAAGAUGCUGUACUUGGUGUCCGGCCUUUGAAAACACCAAAUGAAAUGAGUGCCUACUUCUUUACGUGGUCAUGCAAAGGCACCGUGAACUUCUUUGAUAUCCAUGGAAAGAACUUAGAAUCCCGAACAGUUCCUCUGAGGACCCUUGGCAUCGAGGAGGAAUAUUCAAAUGAACUGAAAGUACUCCGCACCACUGAAGACAUGGAAAUUUUUGUUGCGGGUGACAAGCUUGGUGUUUUAAGGGUUCUGAAUGGACAAACAUGGAAAUGUGUGAACGAGGCUCGAGCACACGGAGGAGAAAUUACAGAUGUCGCUCUACAUUCAGCUUUGGGUUACUUUUUAGUUGCCAGCUGUGGCCGUGAUCUCAUGGGUGCCUUGACAGUGGUUGAAGAAAUUUCAGAACAAAUUCCCAAGCUACUUGUUGGAGUAUCCGGUUCCGACAAAUCGGUUCGCAUAUAUGAUUUGGAGCGAGGUGUGCUCCUUGCUGCCGAAUUCGGUCAUACCGAGGGCAUCAGUGAUGUUUGUGUUCUAGAGAACCCGUCAUACUUUCCAGGGCAGCCUGUCAUACGCACUCUAGUUAGCUCUGGUAUCGAUGGCACUGUUAUGAUAUGGGACAUAUCUAUGCAACCACAGCAAGCUCGGGAGCGAACGCGAUCUAUCUCACGGGAUGAUGAUGAUACUCCCUCAAAAGAGCCAAUGGUCUCUAACCCUCCUUUGCGCAAGCUUUUGUCUAGGACCGAGAUUGCUGUGUUCCAACGGCAAGAAAAUCUACCAGGGACUCCAACGCCAAUGCGUGAGCACUCGCCGCCCCUGGUUCGCAAGCUGUCCAAGUUUUCCCUUGCUACUUCACCUGGAAAACAAGGGAGCUCAGCACCCACAACACAUUUUGCAUCAUCUCAUCGGCCUUGUACAUCGAGCACUCGUUCAGAGAAGCCACAGAGAUCUCCUUCCCCUCCAAGUCCCAGGUCAACGUCCGGAAAGAAGACCAGUAAUCCAAACAAUACAGUCCGCCGCCCCGUUCUGGAGCUUCGGGCUCGUCCUAAAAAUUCCAAUAAAAGCGAAUUUGGGGGUUUGAAUAUGUCCACUGAGCAACUAAGCCGUGUUGCUUUUGUUUUCAAACUAAUUGUAUGGGUGCAUAAGUGUCUAAAGAGUGUUCUGAACGCUGGUAUUCAAUCAUCAGGUCAUUUUGCUACGGUUUUCCACACUCUAUACAAGUGA